CUCUCACUCAAGUACAUUUUGUGGUCAAGACCGUUUGUUGACCCUAGAUUUUUUACGUACAGGUAGAUCUACUAGGUAGAUCCAUACUACUGCCAGCACCGUGCCGGUAGAUCUACUAGCUGCAAAGAAGUCACAUACUGACAUAGAUUUACGCAACCCCAAGACCUCUCGAUCUCCACUAGGGCUAGCAGGGGCCGCACUACAGUGCCACCAAGGACACCUACGGAGGCGGAGGCUCUCGGCUUGACGCCCGUUCCUGCUAGUGUUUUGUGAAGAAGUUUGUUAGUUUGAAAGAGAGACAGCGGGAAGUCUGCCGAAGCACGUGCUAGCUGGCGACUGGCUCUCAACCCCGCCGGAACAUCAGCUGCAGUGAUUGAUUCUGGCAGACCCAUCAUGGUCCAAGCACAAUACAAGGCUUGAUUUCCAGCCAGCCACUUCUUCCGUAACGGAAAAAAGUUUUGUAUCUUCACCAAUGGAGGUUACGCCGCAUACCUGUUUCAGGUAGUGUGUUGGUUGGUAGGUGGUGGUGCUCAGCGUCCUCGGUCGCUAUUGGCAGCGCGCAGCGGACAUCAGUCAUCACUGCCGGUCCGGCUCGGUGUUCGCUACUUCUGCCCCUGACGGGGACGUCAAAACAAAGUCGUGUGUCUCUAUUUUGCCUCCUGGCGUCAGUUUACGAUGGCCGGUGUCGAGAGGAUUUGGUUCAGUGUGCUAGUGGUGGUGUUGUUCACGUUUAGCCCUCGCCCUGUUUCUUGUGAGAAUAGAUUUUCUCAAUUGACAUACACGUUCACGGUGUCGGAAGACACCCCGGUGAAGACGAGUAUCGGUCAAGUUGUACUCACCGAUGCGUCGGGUAAAGAGCUUGCAGUCUCGGCUGCUCGCUAUUCGAUAUCUGCGAGGGGAGUGCUGAGGUCUGUGGGACUGUUCACUGUGCGGGAGGACGGCCAUGUGGUAAUUGCUGCGGCUUUGGAUAGAGAAUCGCUGGAGCAGCACGAAUACAGUCUAGUCGGCAAGUACAUCACGCGCGCACACAAUGUGUGGCAGAGAGCAGACUGUACUAUUGUGGUGAACCUUCUUGAUGUCAACGAUAGUCCGCCAAAGUUUGAGAAUGAUGUGAGGACGGUGGGUAUUCUUGAAGGUGAGCAGGUUGAUAGAGCUGUCGCUGAUAUGGUUGUCAGUGAUGCUGAUCUGGGCACUAACGGUGACAUCUCGUUUGCCAUAUUGCAAGCGUCAGUCCCAAACACAUUCUACAUGGAUAGCAGUGAAGGCCUAGUACUAACUAGUGCUGCACUCGACAGGGAAACCAUUGCCCAGUAUAACAUUACGAUACGCGCAACGGAUCAUGGCACGCCAGCCUUGCACUCGGACCUUCUCUUGAUUGUUGAUGUCCUGGACAUCAAUGACCAUGCCCCGGAGUUCAACCAGACUACAUACAAUGCAUCAGUGCACGAGGACAUAGCUAGUGGAACGGCCAUCCUGCAGAUCUUUGCAACAGAUCUGGACACGGGCACAAACAGCAAGUUAGCGUACCGCUUUGCGUCCGGUAACUAUGAUGAUGCGCUGAAGAUUGACCCACAAACUGGCAUGAUCACAGUCGCCAAGUCCCUGGACUAUGAUACACUCCAAGAUGGAGACGCGUACCAAGUGCAGGUGCAAGCCGUGGAUGGUGGCGGUCUGAGCGCCAUGGCUACAGUGAUUGUGACGGUGAUGAACGCUAACGACCAUAGUCCAGUGUUUGAUCAAGACGGCUAUACAUUCUUUGUGACGGAGACUGAUACACCGCUCGCCCCGGUGGGAAAAGUGUAUGCGACGGAUUUGGACAGGGGUUUGUUUGGAAGCGUGGUGUAUGAUCUACCCAAUGUGCGUGAUCAUGCCUACUUCCAACGGACUUCCAGUGAUGGUAUUCUACGGGCUGCAGCUCCAUUGGAUCACGAGCUCAGACCGCGGCAUACAAUGACUGUCCGCGCCUUGGACAAAGGCUCACCACCACGCACAGCACUAACAAAUGUUACGAUCAUUGUGAAUGACAUAAACGAUGUUGUUCCUGCCUUUCAGCAGCGCUCUUAUGAAGCUAGUAUUUCCGAAGACACUGCGAGAAACCGGCUAGUCACAACUGUGGAGGCUGUUGAUGUGGAUGGACUGCCAUUGCAAUAUGUUAUUGCGUCGGGCAAUAUCGGGUCUGUCUUCUCCAUUAACUCAGCCGAUGGGUCUAUACGCGUGGCAAAGUCACUGGAUGCUGACCGACCUGGAGGUGAUCAGUAUAAUCUGGUGGUAACUGCGCACGAUGGUCAGCAUGCCAGCAAUGUCAAUGUGACCGUUGCCGUUCAGGACAUCAAUGACAACUCUCCGUCUUUUCAACCGACCUACUACGAGGCCAAGGUGCGUGAAGGUGACCGUGUUGGCACUCCGGUGUUGACCGUGACGGCAAGGGAUCUGGACAGUGCCGACAAUGGCAGAGUGACAUACAGCUUGCAGUCCACUGACACUACGCUGCAGGUUGAUCCAGAUACUGGCCAAGUCUAUAUAGCAGCACCUGCAGACUGUGAUCGGGGCAAGGGCAUCAUUCAGUAUUACACCCUCUGGGCACACGACAAUGGCGUGUCUUCCAGGAAUGAUUCGGCUCGUCUCCAACUAACUAUCACGGAUAUCAAUGACAAUGCCCCAGUGUUUAUAGGCCUGCCGUACAACGCUCAAGUAUUUGAGAACUUGGUGCGUCGCACUCGGGUGUUUACAGUGCUCACCUCCGAUGAUGAUUACUCCAUUAACAAUCGAGGUGUCCGCUUCUCAUUGAACCAAUCUGCUGCGAAUUCUUUUCGAAUUGAGCACCUCACUGGCGUAGUUCGCACUACAAGGACGUUGGAUCGUGAAACACGGGACAGAUAUCGUAUUCUUGUCUACGCACGCGAUACUGGCACCCCGGCGUUGACCAGUGAGCUGUAUGUUGAUAUUGAAGUGCUGGAUGUGCCGGAUAACUCACCAAGGUUCACUGCCAUCGCAUCCGCACGGCCACCAGCAAACUCCAGUGCCUGCUACCAAACGUAUAUUGUUGAGAACAUGCCAGCCGGCACUCAUAUCAUGACAGUGCAUGCCACUGUACCGGAUAUCUCUGUUGAGCAGUCGUCAAUCCGCUACAGGCUAAUGAGCGUAUCGCCGGAUGAGCUAUUUCACUUGAACUCGAGCACUGGUGAGUUAACUAGUGGUGCUGUGUUAGACCGUGACAAGGGCCAGCUGUUCUACACUGCUAGAGUGGAUGCAUACACGGACUUUGUGAGUGGCAGUUGUGAAAUCAUCAUUCGCGUCCGCGACGUCAACGACAAUCCGCCACAGGUCCGAGACACAGACGUGGUGGCCAACUUGCUGCGCAGCUCGUUUCAGGGCGGUGUCAUAGGCCAGGUGCGCAUCAUAGACCCUGAUAUAUCGCUGGUUGUGCAAACUCCGCUCAGCAGCCCGGGGUUCGACUCUGGGUUCUUUACCCUGGCUCGCGAUGGCAGUAUUGCUGCAACGCGCAGUGUGCUGCCCGGUGUGUACAAACUGCGGAGCAGUGCGGAUGAUCAGAAUGCUGCGCAUAGCCGUGCGGAAGGUACAACUACCGUACACGUCCGCUGGAUAUCGGACACCAGCCUACAGCACAGUGUGUCCAUGCAGGUGUCCGGUUCUAGGGACUUGGCCGACUUUGUACAACACUACCUACUGAGGACUUCGGCGGCUAUUGAACGACUACUAACUACGAUGCCAGGAAGCGUGGAAAUCUUCACGGUAAGGGAGACCACUGGUGCUCUAGGUGAUGUUGCAGUGGACCUGAUCUUUGCCGUUCGAUCUCGCUCCGGUGCCUACAUGGAUCCGGGUAUUGUGAUUGAGAGUAUUGAUGUGCAGCAGGUUAUGUUUUAUCAACACAGCGGGUUAAGGAUCAACUUUAUCAACCUGGACACAUGCCGCACAGAGCCGUGCAACUACUUUCAAGACUGUUUGGAUUCCGUUCGCUUUACUGGCGAGAAUACCACCAUAGUAGCCGGAAACACCAGCUUUACAUCGCUGCUCUCUAAGCGAUCAUUCUCAUGUACCUGUCCGCUGGGAUAUCAGCACACAUGGCAUUCCAACAGUUGUCAGAGGGAAGUGGAUGAGUGUGCUUUGUCUCCGUGUAAGUACGGUGGCAGCUGUAUUGACAUGCUGUCUGGGUACAAGUGCCUGUGCCUUGCAAAUACCACCGGUCCAGCCUGCGAAACCUUCUGUCCGUCAGCAUCAUGUGAUUUCUGUGAGCCUAAUCCCUGUAUGAACGGGGGCACUUGCACCACGACCAGCCGAGGAGAAGUCCAGUGCGUUUGUAAGGAUGGAUUUGACGGUCCUCAAUGCCAAAUGACGCUUGCCAGCUUUCUUGAAGGUGACUAUGUAGCAUUCCCGUCGCUGACUAGUCGCUGGCAAUUGAAGCUAUCCCUCUCCUUUGUGACUGCACGGAGCAAUGGUCUACUCCUGUACAACGGUCGGCUGGGUACUCAGUAUGACUUCCUGGCUCUGGAGCUAAUCAACGGACGGCUGCAAUGUCAGAUAUCGCUAGGCAAUGGGCCCGUGAAGUUCACCACUCUGAACACCCGUGUGUUGUCCGAUGCAAAGUGGCAUACGGUGACGUUGGAGCUGAAAGACCUGGCUGUCAAGAUGCGCGUUGACGGUUGCUAUCACGAACACAAAUCGGCAUCAUUUCUGGAUGAUUUCAUAUGCCAGGAGAUCAGAAACAUCACAGAAGAAGUGAACAUUGACAGGAAACGAUUUCGAAUGGGCCGUUCAUUAGAUCUGGGAGGGCCUCUAUACAUCGGUGGACUGCGCAGUGCAUUUAACUCCGGGCUGUCUAACCAGCACUUUGUGGGCUGUAUUCGUGAUAUCGUUGUCAAUGAGCAAUACUUGGACUUCUCAUCACCUAUUGAUCAGAGUGCUGGAGUCACUCUGAGCGCGUGUCCACCAUUGUCCUCGCAGUUCUGUGAUGGAGCAGUGUGUGGGAACAACGGCGUCUGCCAGAAUGUCUGGAACUCCUCAUAUUGUGACUGUAUGCCUGACUUUGGUGGCAAGCAAUGUGAACAUGCAAAAGUAUACAAAGCUAAGUUCACAGGCCAGUCGUUCAUUCAGUAUUACCUGAGUCAACAGUUCUUCCGGGGUCGACGUGGCUUGACGUUUCGCACUCGUCAAGCUAACAGUACAUUGUGGUACACCGACCACAGCACACUGGAUGUGUUACAUGGUCAGCUGGCGUACAGUUUCCUUGCUGGGUCGAAGUCCUAUCACAUGCGAUUGGGUGAUAUUCAAGUUGAUGAUGGGCUGUGGCACCAGGCCGUGAUCGACCUGGGCGACGGCAGAUCAACACGUCUGUCCCUGGAUUAUGGGAAAUACUCUGCAAUGUUACCGGUCACGGAGAGCCAAACAACAUUCAACUUCGUUCUGGGUGCUGCGAUUUCUUCAGCUGCAGCCACUGGUGUCAAGUCCAACUUCAAAGGUUGCAUGCAUUCGGCAUUUCUGGGUUCUGACAUGCUUUCCUUAGAUCCAAGCGGCGCGACCACUGACUCAGCGGUGACGGCUAGCGCACUGCAGAUUUCCUCAUCUCCACAGAAUAUUGGCAGAGGGUGUUUGUCGGCUGCUGUGUGUGCUGCGUAUCCAUGCUCACGUCACGCGACUUGUAUUGACGAAUGGGAGCAAUACAGAUGUGAGUGCCCGCCAUUCUUCAGCGGAAGGAAAUGCUUGGACGUGUGCUAUCAAGACCGUUGCCUACAUAAUGGCAAGUGUCACCACAGUGCCCACGAUGUGGACAACAUUACCUGUGAUUGCUCUGGAUCAUUUCCAUACAGCCGUGGCCCGAGUGGCCUGUGUGAUCGUAUCUUCCCAGAUUCGGUGAAGUUGUCCUGUCCAACUGGUUUCUAUGACUACCCCAACUGUGUGCCGUGUCGCUGUGACUGGACAGGAGCCACGGGUGCUGUGUGCACUGACACCGGUAUCUGCCUGUGCAAGGAUGGCACAUUCAGCCCAGCGAAUGACAAAGGCUGUCAGCCGUGCAAUUGUCAUGUGCAUGGAUCGGUAGCAUCUGAAUGUGACCGUUCCACAGGCCAGUGUCGGUGUAAACCAUUCACAACCGGUAGACGAUGUGAUCAGUGCAUGGAUGAUUAUACUGGACUGGAUGCCGAUGGCUGUCAUGUCUUGACCCGUGUUGUAGCUGAAGUAUCAUUGCUGGGACCCUCCACCAGUCAAGCAUUGCGAACAGAAUCACAACAAACACGGACUGAGAUAGCCUACCUGAUUGAGCGCUUCUUUGUUGGAUUCCCUGGAUCUCAGCAUGUCACCGUCACAUCUUUGAGUAUUGUCCCAGGCACAGCAAAGAAGGGUGCAACGCCGCGGCUUCAAGUCAACUUUGCUGUCAGAUCACAUGCAUACACGGGCGGUCAUGAAGCCAGCAUUAAUGACAUAAUGGCUGCUCUGACAGUGGGUCUUUCACAUAGCAACAUGCUGGAGCAGUACAGGAUAGUUCCGGGAUUCCUACAAUUUCAAGCAAACUGCUCUGAUCACCCAUGCUACCCUGAUGUACAAUGUCAGCAAAUCAAUGCAACUGUUGUAUCAUGUGGCAGCUGCCCAGUUGGCUUUAUUGGAGAUGGAAUACAAUGCAGAAAGGACAUGGCAGGAUGCAGCAGCAUCAAAAAUGUAUCCGAGAUGCAGUACUCUUCAAUAGAUAAAGAUUAUGACGGCGUUCUGGAUAGUUGUGACAACUGUCCCUGGGUAUACAAUCCCGAUCAAAGUGCUCUUCUCUGCUCCAAUGCAAAGAGUGCCCGUUGUCCCGCUGGCCUGGAAACCCUGCCACCUCACACUGUGGUAUGGCGAACUGGAAGACCGGAUCACACACUACAACAGCUGUGUCCUGGAACAUCGGUCGGCAACAUGACGCGCACAUGCACAGAGCAUGGCUGGCAGGCAUCUAACCGGAGUGCUUGCCAGUCUCUGCCCAUCGCCGCUUUGAUGAAUGAGUUUGAGUCCUUGGAAGCUGGCCACAUUUUCAGCGCUGCAGAAGCCAGUCAAUGGAUGCUGCGCUUACAGACUGCUGUCCGGAAAGCUACCCACAGCUCUAGUGGUUCGACACCUGUUGUCAGUGAUCAUACUGCUGCAACUCUGCCGUACCCGGGUGAUGUUAAGGUGGUGUAUCACAUACUCAACCUAAUGUUGCAGUACGGUACCAGUUUGAUGAUGUCCAACUUGGAAACUCUGAGUGAAGACUUCAUCUCUACUUCACUUGAUGUGGCUGAUGUCCUGUUCUCUGGAAAACAGAAAGCAGCAUGGAAAUUGAUGGAUGUCUCUCAUCAGAGCACCGUGGCUGGAUUGAUGGUUCAGCUGGAGAGCUUUUCAAUGGCACAUGCACUAUCGGUAGCAGGUGAUGAUGCUGGAGUAGCAAGGCAGUCGCAUGUCCUUGAAAAUAUGUAUGUCGAGUAUGGAAUGAUGAGCAAUGGCACCAGCACAUUUCCCACGUCCAGCAUGUCCUCUAACCUGAGUGAAUUCUCCAUUUCCAGUAAUGUUCCCAGCGGUUACGCUGCAUUUCUUCAGUUCGAUGAUGCAGCCGACUUGAUGAACGCUCGUGUUGUGAAGAGUGUAGGAGAAAUCGCAUCCGAAUGGUAUUUAAACAGCGCUGUGGUAAUGGCACGAUUUCAAGCUACUGGCAGUGUCCCCACUAGUGGAUUCAAUGGUACUGUGUCGUUCCAGCUAAGACGUCGCAAUACGGCAGCAUCCGGCGAGGCGAUCUGUGCAUUCUGGAAUCCACAGCUACAGCAGUGGUCUGACUCUGGAUGUAGCAUGACUGCUGCCACGGUAACGCAUAUCACCUGUGUGUGUAAUCACAUGACCGCGUUUGGUGUGUUGGAGCGUGCAGCGCUGCCUGUCACUCGGCUCACCAUGCAUGUUCUGGCCACGGCAUCGUGUGCAGUGUCGGCCGUUUUGUUCCUCGUCAUACUUGCGCUGGUAAUUGCGUAUCGGAAACGAUCACCGGCGAUGCUCAUUGUGUCCUAUUUCGGCAUUGCUGCCGGAAUGUUCCUACUCGAAGUGGUCUUUGCUGUUGGUUUGUUCUCGUGGGAUUUGUCCAGUGUGACUUGUACCAGUGUAGCUGCUAUUCUCCAGUACCUCUUGUUGGCUGUUGCCUGCAACGUGUGUCUUCUCUUUCUCCGUGUGACGGUGUGUGGUGCUUGUCCGAAUGAAAAAAGCCGUCUUUCGCUUUACAGUCCUGUGUCAUUGGUGUUGUUUACGGUUGUGUUUGGCUACAUAGCGCCCACGGCCGUGCCAGUCCUGUGCAAUGCACUUCUGUAUUCCCACGACUUUGGAAAUACCUAUUUCUGCUGGAUAUCACGGCAUGCCAGCGGUGAUUCACUCUGGCUGUUCUAUGUACCCCCGGCUGCUCUCUGCACCGUCACGUUUAUUCUUGCCAUGGGCUUGGCUGGCGCGUCGCGCAAUGCAACACACCAAGCCCGCUGGAACACCGUGUGGAUGAUAGUGUUCUGUUUGGGAUUUGGGUGUGCUUUUCUGCUACUACCCUACUUCAUGGCGGAGUAUCCACAAUCAAGGGCACCCGUCGUACUCUUUGCCAUUACCAAUGUUAUCUGGAGUUUUGUGCUCAUCCUGUUGCUGGUCCGUAUGCAUCGACAAAACCGCCGCUACCAUGUAAAGAAUGACUUUGAUGCCAGACCAGCUGUUCAGAAGUACACCUCAGAACCUAAGCAGUCCAUUCUGAACCCACCGUCAGCACUGCCGGCUGCUGCACCUCUAUCCGAGCAGCAUUUUGUUCCCAUGCCGCAUACCACAAACUCCGGCUCCUCACACAGUCGCCGCAGCCAUUCCAGCCACCGCACUCCGCCGCCCGUGUGGUAUUUAGUCGAGGGCACUAGCGGUGGCAUCACCGCUUCCAAGCAUAGUGCGCACACCACCACCGGGUCUGCAGCCAGUAGUGCACUUGCAGCAGCAGCAGAGUAUGUGUCGCCAUACUCUUUACCCCCACCUCCAGCCAGAGUUCCCACACCACCACGUAUCUCAGACUUCCCCACCAACCCCCAGGAUAAGCAACGGCCAAAGCAGCAACAGCCAAGACGCAACUCUGCACCCAGGCGAAGACAAGAAGGUCGCACUGUUUUCACAACAUUGGCAGUUCUGGAUGCAAGCACGAGAUCCUCACCAGCUCCUACCAUGUCGGAUAUGCCCAAGAGUGGAGACAAUUCUACACCAGUGGAAGACAAAGAUACUACCUUACUUUCUGAGGCUGAAAACGAACCUGAUCUCGAGGAUGCAUGUGCGACGCUGUCUGGAUCGGCUGUAGCCCAGCUCGGUAUUACGUGUGGUAACCUUCUACAGUCGUCUAUCAGUCAAGAUGAUGGCGAACAGUCCGACAAUGGUGGAGCAUGUGCUGCUGCACUUGUAGAUACAGAGACUGUUCACGCCAGCGCUAAUCUUUCACCAGAGCUACCUAGCACAGAGGUCAAUGAGGACAGCGAGGAAGAAGUCGUCGAAGAGAUCGGCUCUGAUCUAACUGAUCAUGGUACUGCUACUACUCCUGCUGCUACUGCUACUACUCCUGCUGCUGCUGCUGGUGCUGCUGCUGCUGCUGCUGCUGCUGAUGGCGAUGGAGGAAAGCAAGAUGAUGAACCAGCAUCGGCUUAUGUAUCUGAAGUAUCACAGGGUAGCAGUAGUGUCCGCUACCACGAGAACACUGAGUUUGAGUGGGGAGCUGACAGUGCCACGUCAUCAAAGAUAAGCGCCUUCUCGCAACCGUCCUUUCUCAAAGACAAGGCAGUGGAUGUGAACUCACAAGGUGAAGCUAUGGACACAACCAGCAGUGCAAGCUCUUCAUCGGAUGACGACAGCGACAGUGACUCUGGUGAGUCGAGGAGCAGUGCCUCAUCAUCAUCGACGGCAUCAUCAUUGUCAUCUUCACCAUCUCACCACAAGCACAAACACGUACCCGUUGCUCGUGUAAGCGUUGAUGACAUGGAGCCAGUACCGUCCCUGUUACCAGCACAGCCCAUGACAAAUACAGUCACGAUGCCUCCCGCACCACCUAAACUGGAAGAUGCAGCUUUGACAGAAGAGGCAAUGCCUGAAACUACAACAGGAGAGGAAACAUCGCAACCAACUGCACAAGAGCAACACGUACCAGCAGUGUCAGCAGCAGUGCCACAAGCAACUGCAGCGGCAAAGAAACAGUUACUGGAGACGUCUAGCUCUGACGUUUCUGCUAGCACACUAGCUGGUAGUGCAGUGCCGCCUCCACCUCCAAAACGCAGUGUGUUCCCAGUGCAGUUAGUGAAUGAUGCGAAUGUUUUGCGGCAGGACAUGUCAGCUCGCUCUGCUGCAACACCGCCACUUCCACCAACUCCACCACCACCGCCACCACCAGCGCACGCAGAACACUAUCUAUCAAGUCAGGACGAUGGUGCAUCAUUCUAUGGUCACAGUGCCCUGCCACCUCCACCUGACUACGUGCCGCCUCCACCAAUUCGCUCUGACAGUUCUAUUGAAGAUAUCGACAUUAGCGCAGUGCUGCAGCGUACACCCAGUGCAGAUGAUGUUCUCGGUAAUGCUGAUGACAUGAUUGCAUCAACGGCUGCUGCUGCAGCGGCUGACGGUGGCACUGAUCACGAGUUGUACGUGUCUAGUCCUGGUUGUCGGCCAGAGUAUCACGAGAGUAGGAAUCGGUUUGUGUCUGAGACAAUGGACAUACUGUCACCGAUACACGAGGCGUCUGAAGGUGGUGGUAGUGUGUCUUCCAGGCAGUGGACCUCUAAUCAGAACCUCACUUGAGGUUCAUGUGCACGGUCUCACUCUCUCACUCUACCAGGCUCUCUCAAUGUCCCACUGCUCUAACAAAUGGUCACAAUUUGAAUUGUAAUAACGCAAAGUGCAAAUACGAUUGUGUGGCUCAUGGUUGGGUCGAUAAUUUAACGUAAUACUUCAUGGUCUAUAAUUGUUUGCUUCCACAGAAAUCAUGUCUUCUGCAGUACCGUACUAUCAUCAGUGUGCAGGCUGAGUAAAGAUAAACACCACAUGACACAGACACUGGAUGUACAACUCAAUCAACUCCUAUCAUAUUGAAUUGUUACUGGCACAAGCAGAUUAUUGGACUGAAUAUAUCCCAUUCCUUUGACUCGACAUUGUCCCGCUCCGGCUGAUUGCACAGUGUUGUGUUCCACUUGAUUGUUUCAGUCGAUUUAUCAAUUAAAAUUAUUAUAAUAAUCAUACGUUGAAGUGCAUAACUAUCAUUGCUCAGAAUCACCACAAAGGAAGACUUCUAACAUCAUAAAUUUAUAAAUCACUCUUACAACCGUGUA